AUGGCUUUGCCGCGCUCCUUCCCCAGGUAUCUGCUGCUCAUGGCGCAGGAGCACCUGGAAUUCCGCUUACCGGAAAUAAAGUCUUUGGUUUCUCUUUUCGGCGGUCAGUUCACCAGCAGUCAGGAAACGUAUGGAAAGUCUCCGUUUUGGAUUCUUAGCAUUCCCUCGGAAGAGAUUGCCAGAAACUUAAUGAAACGGACAGUGUGUGCCAAGUCUAUAUUUGAACUAUGGGGCCAUGGAAAAUCUCGGGAGGAGCUGUACACUUCUCUGAAAAAGUACCCCAUGGAAAAGAUGGUUCCCUAUCUACAAGCAGACUCUACAUACAAGAUACAGAUUCAUACCUUCAAUAAAACUUUGACACAAGAAGAGAAAGUCCACCGCAUAGAUGCGCUUGAGUUUCUGCCAUUUGAAGGAAAAGUGAAUUUAAAGAAGCCACAGCAUAUAUUCUUCAUUUUGGAGGACUAUGGUUUGGACCCAAACCGCAUCCCCGAGAGUCCACAUAAUAUUUAUUUUGGUAGAUGGAUUGCAGACGGACAGAGGGAACUUAUCGAGUCAUAUAGUGUCAAAAAGAGGCACUACAUUGGAAAUACAAGUAUGGAUGCUGGCUUAUCAUUUAUCAUGGCCAAUCAUGGAAAAGUAAAAGAGAAUGAUAUUGUCUUCGAUCCAUUUGUUGGAACAGGCGGCCUCCUGAUAGCGUCUGCUCAUUUUGGUGCAUAUGUCUGUGGGACAGACAUAGACUACAACACAGUUCAUGGCUUGGGAAAGGCUAGUAGGAAAAACCAGAAAUGGAGAGGCCCGGAUGAAAACAUUAGGGCCAAUCUCCGCCAGUAUGGUUUAGAGAAGUAUUACCUUGAUGUCUUGGUUUCAGACGCGUCGACACCAUCCUGGAGGAAAGGCACAUAUUUUGAUGCAAUCAUCACUGAUCCGCCUUACGGCAUCAGAGAAUCUACGAGGAGAACGGGCUCACAGAAGGAAAUAGCGAAAGGGAUAGAAAAAUGCCCAGAAAGCCAUGUUCCUGUUUCCUUGAGCUAUCAUCUGAGUGAGAUGUUUUUUGACCUCCUAAACUUUGCUGCUGAGACUCUUGUAUUGGGUGGAAGACUAGUGUACUGGUUACCAGUGUACACGCCAGAAUACACCGAGGAGAUGGUGCCCUGGCACCCCUGCCUGCAGCUCAUGAGCAACUGUGAGCAGAAGCUUUCCACUCACACAGCAAGGCGCUUGAUAACCAUGGAAAAGGUGAAGACAUUUGAGAACCGGGACCAGUAUUCCCACCUGCUGAGUGAUCAGAUCCUGCCAUACCAAGGUCACAAUUCCUUUCGGGAGAAAUAUUUCAGUGGGGUAACAAAGAGAAUUAUGCCAAGGAAGAAAAGUCCUACCAGGAGUGAAAAUUAAGAUUUUGACAAUUAAGAAAAAGUAAAGAUUCCACUUGGCGGCGGGGAAAAAAGACCUUUCUGGAUUCGAACUUCCAUCCAGAAAGCAUGUACUUUGAACAUUUAUUUCAUAUUGGAAAGCAACAACAAAACUACAAAGUAAAUUGAGCAGUCCUUUACAGUGUCACUUUGUUUUAUAGCUUAUUUCUUCUGUAUGUGGUUUCUUGAACUUACUUUAUAUUUGUAUUUUCAAGUGUUGAUGGAAAGAGACUCGGCACCGCUAUGUUUUCUUGCCCAGAAUUUACAAAGGGCAUUCUUACUGUUGGCUUUUCAAACACAUACAGCUGGUGCCUGUGGUGGAGGCAGUGUAUGGUAGUCGAGCAUUAAUUCAUUAGGUAGAUUUGUUUAAUUUGGGUUUCGAUUGUCAAUGAUUUACCCUGCCACUAAUAAAGCGUACUUAGAACUCUUCAAA